AUGCAAUCAUUACACUAUAAUAGUGGCUCAAUUAAGCUAACACGAGAACGAGCAACAAUGGUUUCUCGUUGGGAAGCAAAUGAAGUUGCAAGAUGGAUUGGAGGUCUUGCUGGUAUUCAAGCUGAUACAAGUGAUUUAUUUCUUAAAAAUAAUAUUGAUGGUACAGCUUUAACUCUUCUUCUUCGUGAAGAUCUUAUUCGUAUGGGAAUAACAAAGCUUGAUCAACAACUUAUUUUAAUGCAAUCUAUUGAUCUUCUUCUUACACUUGUCAGUCGUUUAACUAGUGAAACACUUGCUUUACUUUUUAUGCAUAUUCAUUGUGCAGCAACAACAUGUUAUAAUUUAAUAAAACGACUUGAUGAUAAAGAAUUAACAAAUAAUAGUAAUGUAAUGAAUUCACCGGAAUUUUAUACAUCAAUUAGUAAUUUAUCGGAUGUAAUUGUUGUUACUUGUCAUUGGCUUGGAAGAUUACCAUUUAUUGAAAAUAUUGAAUAUAUUGAAUUACGUCGAAAAAUAAUCAAAGUUUUAGUUCAGAUACGUGUAUUACUUCGUAAUUUACGAGUUGCUGACCAAAUUAAUAUGCCAAAAUCGAAAUUAAUAUUAGAAAUUAAUGAUUUACGAACGACAGCUAUAACAUUAGUUCGUCAGAAUAAAGAUUCACUAUUUUCAUCAGAUUGUUAUUUAACACGAGUUCAUUUACGACGUCCAAUGAAAGAUGAUGUGAAUAUUGAAUAUACAACAAUGCCUGAUUUUACUCAUGUUAUAUCAAGUAUUGAAACAGAAGCUAUGAGUUUUAUGGGAUCAGGUUUCAGUGCAAUUAAUAUUGGAGAUGAAAUUAUAGAAAUUAACAAUCAAGUUGUUAUCGGUUGGGAUCCAAAACAUUUUGAUGAAUUACUGCGUACAUCACAAACAAAUGAAAUAUGUUUAUUAGUUAAAAAAAUGCCUCGACAUAAUGAUGAUGAAGUAUAUACAAAACGUCUUGUUGAUGGACCACAUAAUCCUCGACGUUCACGUGCUCGUGGUGCUUUAGAACGAAGAAAACAACAAACACAAGAAAAUCGAACUAUUUUACUAGAACAAGAAGGCAUUCGAGAAGAAGAACAGGUAGACAGACUAUUCAUGUUGUGCACGGAGAUUGAAAUUGAAAGUGAUGAUGAAACUCUAUAUCAAAAUAAACGUUCGUCACAAAUCAAACGUGAUCAACAUUCAUCAUUACCUGAUCUGACCGAAACACUUGCUAAUAGUAAUAAUACAUAUGAAAUCAGUGAAAAUUCUAAUCUUAGUAGUGAACCAUCAUCAUCCGUCUCAUCUGUAUCUACAAAUCCUUUAAUAUCACCAAUGUCUCCCAAUAAAUUAGAUUCAAAACAAAAGAAUACUGAACGACCGCAUUCUGCUAGUUCCAAUCAAUCAACACCAAAAAGUCAGAGGAAGAUGGGUAUUGAAUCAUAUAUUUCAACACUUUUUCGUUCUCGACAAGAUCCUAAAUCAGUUAUUGCUGAUAUGAAUGUUCAUACAAAUAAAGAUCAUCCACAAUUAGUAAAUAUUAAACGUAUUCAAUCAAUAUAUAAUCAAAAUUCAUCGAAUAAUUCUACAUCAUCAUUAUAUGAUGAUCAAAUAUCUUCAUCUCCACCAAUUACAUCCGGAGCAUCAAUAAAUAAAAGUGCUAGUCAAACAAGUUUACAAACAACAUCAUCAACACUUUCAUCAUUCUCAAAUAUAUUUAAACCAUCAGAUUCAUCAGAAAAAAGUCGUACAAAACGAUCUAAUGGUGAUAUUGGAAAAGUCAUGACAUUUCGAAAUGAAUUAAAAAUGGAAAUAUCUUCAAUUUUUGGUAAUAAUAAUAAUAAUAAUUCUAACGUUGUAAGCAAUAAACCACCAUUAAAUCAUAGUGAUAACCGAAAAAAUUUUGGUUCUGCAGAACGACGUCGUCCAAAACGGACAUCAUCACAUAAAAAAAUUUCAUGUAAAGAUUUGGGUAAAGGUGAUUGUGAAGGUUCUCUACAUCGUUAUUUACCGAAAGGUACAAUAUCAUUUGUACAAUGGAGACUUUAUUGGUGUGUUUUAAAAGGUGGCACUUUAUAUAUAUUUAAAUCAAAAGACGAUAAGACUCAAGAACUUGAGAUGAAACUUGAAGGAAAAAAUGUUUCACCAGCACCAGAAAGAAAAAAAUAUGCUUUUCGUAUUUCCGAUGAUAAUAAUAAAACUUGUGAAUAUUUUUAUUGUUCAACACGUGAUGAAAUGGCUAAAUGGAUGAAUAAAAUGGGUUUAGCAGCUAUUAAUUUUAAUAUUGAUGAUUCAAAAAUAGCUGGUUUUAAUAAAGGUUUUGUUGAUUCACGUGAAUGUUCACCAGCAACAACACCAAUUAUUCGUUCUCAUAAAUUAUCAAAUACUAAACAUCAUCGAAUAGCACAAAUAAGUUCAGUUGGUGAUAGUGAAAAUGAUUCCGAUAAAGAAUCUAUUGUAUCAUGGCAAAAAUCUAUAUCACAUAAUAGUAGUAUUUCAGAUAAUGAAUCAAUAAAAGAUAAAAAUUUACUUGAGAAUGAUAAACAAAUUGAUUUAUCAUCGGUCAAUCGUCAUACACGUUCAUCAUCAUCAACAUCAAUAUUAUCAUUACCGGAAACAAAUACUUCUCCAAUAAAAUCAACUACAAAUCAUUUUAUUAGUCACAAAAAUAGAAUAUCAUCAAUUAAAGGUCAUCAUCGAACAUCUAGCUCACCUAUACAAAUUUUACCAACAUAUGAAAAACUUAAUCAAGACAAUGUUUAUGUUCAUACAGCACCAAGACUAUCAGAUUCAGAUUCUUCAAAUGAACAUUUUCAUCACCGUACAUUUGUUAAUAGUAAAAUUUUAAAUGAUAAUCAAACACAAGAACCUGUUCGAUCUCUACAUGAUCAUCCAGCAUUAAUGCUUAAUUCAUCAGGUGGUUUUCCAACUCCAAUUACUACUUUAUCUUCAAUAUCCAGCGAUAAAACUCCGUCGUUGACUUCACCACCAAUUAUAUCAUCAUUACAACCACCAUCUGACAAUAAUGUUUUUCUUCCUGGUGAUGAAGAAUUCUCUUCAACAUCAUCACGAUCAACAAGCUUUUGUUUUGAUAGACCAAAUUCAUUAUCUGAAGAUGCAUCCUCACCUAUCUCUCAAAUGGAACAUUUUUCACCUUCAAUGAAUAAUUCACAACGACCAAUAUUAUAUUCUUCAUCAUCUUCAUCAUCAGCACUAUCAUCACAACAAUAUUCACCAGCUAUUGUACGCACAGCUCCAUUGUAUAUAUCGAUUUAUUCUACAACACCACCGAUACCUGUUGUUAAAGGUACAAUUUCAUCAUCAGCUCCUCCAACAAAUAAUGAUGAAUCAUUUUUUACACAUCGUUCACCAUCACCACAACAAACAUCAAUAUUAAGAAAAAGUGAACCAUUGAAUAAUACAAAUAAACAUAUUACAACUUCACCUAAUGUAAAUAUUCAACAACAAUCACCAACAUCAUCAGUUUUUAAAUUUAAUCGUUAUUUAGCAAAAUCAUAUGAAGAACAACAAAAACAAUAA